CAAUAAUCAACCGCGCAGUAAACUCCGUGAUGCUUCAGACAAUUUUAUAGGCUCUCAUAUAAAAAACUGCAUACGUUUUGUGUAGACUCCCUUUAGAAGAGUAUACCAAGGUCUAUCGACUCCUAGAAUAAUGCAUACUCUAAAAGAGGCACUUGGCCCCGAGGAAGAUUGGUCCGGGCUGAAGGACGCAAAGGUGAGACGAAAGUUACAAAACCGACUAAACGUCCGCGCACAUCGGAGACGAAAAGCCUUGCUAUCGAAAGCGAAAACCCAGACUAAUCCUAACACGACAGGCACAGCAGAACAAUGUCAUUACCUAGAGAAUAAUGGAUGCAACACGCAAAGUGAGACUAAUUCCUUGGCCGUUAAGUUCUCGAAGCUACAGUUACAAGGGAGGCAUUAUGCCUCCAGAGAUCAUGCAACUAUAUUUCCACUUACACUGGACCAUUUAAUACCCUUGGUACAAUAUAACUUUAUCCGUGGCGUCUUAACCAACAUGACAAUUCUAGGCCUCCAGGACGCCUUCGCUCCAGAAUGUUCUCGACACUGGGUCAAUAUGACACUCUUCCCAGCUCCAUCCACCAUCCCUGAGUCUCUCCAGCAAACAGAGCUGCAACGAAACAUGCCGCACGAGCCAUGGAUUGAUCUCAUACCAGACAAGCAAAUGCGUGAUAACGCAAUACUAGCGGCAGGAUAUUUCACGAAGAAAGAUGUUGAAGUAGCUGUGACAGGUUCCAUUUCCGGAACAGCAAACAUGCUGGAGCUAAAUGGGUUGAUAGCUUGGGACGAUCCUUGGCGAGCUGAGGGGUGGGAGCUAACCGAAGGAUUCAUAAAAGACUUCCCAUUUCUUGUGAAAGAUUGCUGGGAUAUGCUCGAUUCUACUAAUCGAUGGCGGGCAUUGCGGGAUGAAGAACCUUUAGUCAUUGAAUUAUAAGGUCAUAGUACAUCUCUACCCUAAUGUAGAAUAGACUUAACUCUUAACUCAUCUCUAAUUCAGUUAUAUAAGACGUC